AUGGAAUCGCGAUCACCAGAGAUUUCGAAAUGUUGUGUAGUAAUUGAUCCAGGUUAGUUCUUUUCUCAUUUUUAAUUUCGAUUUUUAAACCAAAAUUUGAUCAAUUUUCUUUCGAUUAAAAUUUGUUAAAAACCAAACAAUGGCUCUGAAAUUUUUGGAGUUUAGUUCUAUUUUUUCCAGUUUAUCGAUCGACUUGUUGUUGUGUGAUUGUGUUAGAAUCGCUCAAUUUGUUGGAUUUGACGGGUUUUGUUAAAAAAUUGCGAUCUUCAGUUAUUCGAUUUGUUGUGUAGUAAUUGAUCGAGGUUAGUUCAUUUUUCAUGCUUAAUUUUGAUGAAUAUUUGAAUUUUAAACCAGAAUUUGGUCAACUUUCUUAAGCUGUUUUUGGAACUUUCAUGUAUUCCCAUGGAAAGAAAUUCUAGAUUGAUUUUUGAAAAUCCAGACAAGUAGUUGAAAAAUAAAUUCAACGAAAACCGUGAAAAAAAUGGAAAAAAAAGUGAUUUUAGAAGAGAGAAAAAUAAUUUGUAAGAGAGUCGGCAUGGGUUGGGUCUCGAGUGGAAGACCGCAGCGGCGGAAAUUCAAAUGGGGAGAGUGCGGCGGCGGUUUGAAUUUUAUUAUUUUAUGAACAGAUGGAAUAAAUGAGAAGGCUUCAGAGGGCUUCAGAUGAAAUUAUGUGCUCUGUAGAGCGUUGGGUUGACACGCGGGAGGAGGUGGGUUCGAAUCCCGCCCGAUGCAAUGUUUUUUUUUUGUUUUUGAGAAAUAUAUUCCUGGGUGGUACUUUGGCGAUAAAUUCAUCGGAUUUUUUACGCCUGAACUUCUGGGAUACUGUAGUUUGUUUUCAGUAGGAUUCAAAAAGGCUUGAAAGGCUUCUGACUCCGUUUGGACAAGCCAAACUGUUUGUGAACCGAAGUAAAAGUGGUCUAGAUUUCAAAGUGAAAAUUUUUAUCGUUUUUUUCGAAAUCAUCUUACAUUUUAGAAUCAAAACUUACACGACGAAUGAUUAUUAAUGUGAAAAAAAACACCGUGAAAUCAAACAAUCAACUAUAAUAAUGUAGCCAUGAAGUCUUCAAUUCACAAGCAGUUUGGCUUGUCCAAAAAGCGUCAGAAGCCUUUUCAAGCCUGUUGUAGCCUACCGAAACCGAAUCUACAGUAUCCAAGAGAUUCUGGCGUCGAAAAAUCCAAUGAAUUUAUUGCUAAAGUACCGCAGAAACAUAGUUCUCAAAAACAAAAAAAAUAAAAAACUUUGCAUCGGGCGGGGUUCGAACCCACCACCUCCCGGGUGUCAACCCAACGCUCUACGGAGCACAUAAUUUCCUCUGGAGCCCUCUGGAGCCCUAUGAAGCCUCGACAGGCCUUCUGAAGCCUCAACAGGCCUUCUGAGGUCUCAACAGCCCUUUCAGGCCUCUACAUGCCUUCUGGUGCCUCAACAGGCCUUCUCAGGCCUGAACUGGCCUGAUCAGGCCUUCUGAAUCCUUAUCGGGCCUUCUGAAUCCUCAACAGGCCUUCUGAAUCCUUCAUGUGCCUUCUGAAUCCUCAACAGGCCUUCUGACGCAUCAACAGGCCUUCUCAGGUCCCAACAGGCCUUCUCAGGCCUCAUCGGGCCUUCUCGGGCCUCAUCGGGCCUUCUCAGGCCUCAUCGGGCCUUGUCAGGCCUGAACAGGCCUUCAGAAUCCCCCAUGGGCCUUCUGAAUCCUCCAUAGGCCUUCUGAAUCAUUCAUGUGCCUUCUGAAGCUUUCUCAUUCAUUCCCUCUCUUCAUAAAAUAUUCAAAUUCAAAUUGCCGCCCAAAUAAUUCGAUUUGAAUUUCCGCCACUGCGGUCUUCCACUCGAGACCCAACCCACGCCGCCUAUCUUACAAAUUAUUUUUCACUCUCCUAAAAUCACUUUUUUCUCUCAUUUUUUACCUAUUUUUACCUAUUUUCCGUUAUUUUUUCUCAUUUUUUUCACGGAUUUCGUUGUAUUUAUUUUUUAUCGUCGAUUUCAUUUGAAAUAACUCAUUUUCACAGUCUCUCUCGCUCUCAUCUUGCUCAUUUUUUCGAUCAUCAUGCCUCCAAAGCGCAACAACAACAAGAAUCAAUCCAAAAACGUGAGUUAACUUUUCAGAUUAGCAAUUAAAAUGAUAUAAUAAUGAUUUGUUUCCAGUCGCGUCGAUCUCCGUCUCCGAAUUCUCGAUCAUCUUCUCGCUCUCCAUCGCCUUACCAACCUCCUCGAACUCGCAGCCGCACUUGUGCUUUGGAAGCGGAAGCUGCGAGAGCCCGUGCCGCCGCUGGACUUCCCCCACUUCCAACACCCUCCAAAACUCCGGGAAAAUUCUUCCUCGAUCCUUCGGUGAGUUUUUUUGGGAUUUAGUUUGCUAGUAGUUAGGAUUGGGUUUCUUAAGCUAAGUUUCUUAUGCAGAGUAAUAUUUUUGGUCAUAAAAAAUACAAAAAAUCUUGAUUUUUUUCAAGGUUUUUCGUGUUUUUUAUUAUCAAAAAUAUUAAAUGGUCCGGAAACUUAGAUUAUGAAAAAAAUGUUCAAAUGUUGAUGAAUGAAUCUCAAAUUGCAUUUACUUCAAAAAAAUUGAAGUUGAACAUUAAUUUCAGAAAAAAUUUAAAAAAAUAAAAGAUAUAUGUGGCCGAACUAUUUUGGUGGCCGAGAAAUGUCGGGAAUUCGGCCAAAGCAAUAAACGCGCUCUAAUGUUGCAAAAACCCUUAUUGUUAGAGCGUGUUUGUUGCUUUGGCCGAAUUCCCGACAUUUCUCGGCCACCAAAAUAGUUCGGCCACAUAUAUCUUUUAUUUUUUUCAGUUUUUGUAUUUUUCUGAAAUUUAUGUUCAACUUUCAUUCAUCAAAAAUUGAAACUUUUCAAAAGUACUCAUAAUCUCCGUUGCCGGACCAUUUUAUCUGCAAAGCCUCAUAAAUGUAAGGCUUUCUCAGGCUUUUUCCUAGAUUCUGCAGGUCCCUCAGGGUUUCCCAGGGCUUCUAAAGCUUUCUCAGGGCCUCUAGAUCUUUCCCGGGCUUUUCCAGGACUUCCAGGCUUUUUCAGAUGGAUUUAGGCUUCUGCAGAUCCUAUCUGAACAGGCCUCAGUGUAUCUUAGGCUCUACAGGCUUUCCCCAGGCUUCAAAAGCUUUCACAGUCUUUCUCAGGCCUCCAGGUCCCCAUCGGGCUUUUCCAGUUCUCUUAGACUCAUCCAGGGCUUUCAGAAACUUCCCCAGGCUCCCCCAAAUUUUGAAUGUUUUUUUGGAAUGAACCGUAUCUUUUUCAGCCACCCAAGGGUGUGCGAAGGAUAGUCAAGAAGGUUCGAGAUGCUCUAUCUUGUUCCAAAACCAAGUCGAAGUCGAAGAAUUCUCGCACCACCACCAGAACUCGAGGAAGACCAGCGAAAAAGACGGGAAAUAAGAAGAAGCCUGUUGUCAAACAACCACAAGUUCGCCGAGCUUCUCCAACUCCAUCGCCAUCCAGAAGUCGAUCACCAGAUGCACAUGAAGAUUCAGAUGAAGAGCGUUAUGAGCAUUCUCCGCGAGCUCGAACUUCACCACCGGCUGCUAGAAGAAGAUCAGAUUCAAAUGGACGUGUCAAUGACAGUCAAAGAGGUCGAAGUCGCUCACCAGCUCAACCUCGUUCUCCAGUUUCUCGCCGCCGAUCAGCUCAUUCGACCCGGAAUGCCAACUCAUCUUCAUAUCGACCACUGGAAGUUAGUUUUUUUUCUCCGGGUUUUUCUUAUCUUAGGCUUCUUGGGCAAAGAUUUCUGAAAAAUGACAGGAAUUCAGAGGGUUUUCUAGAACUUCAUAGGGAUUUUCAGUUUGCAGAUGAUAAAUGAAUUAUUUUUUCAGAGAGGUCCCGAAUUUCGUAGUCGUUGGGAAACGAAUGUUUCUGGAGGAAUCUCUGAUCGAUUUCGGAGACAAGGACGUUUGCCGGUGGAAUCGACGCAACCGUCUACUUCUUCUCGUUCUCAUCAAUCACGCCGCUCACGACACGAAGAAGAUCCAACACAAGAUGAAGAUGAAUCUGGAUCGGAUGGGAAUGGGCCAUCAACCAGUGACGGAAGAGGACAACGCUCAUCUCGUCGACGCCGUUGA